GCCCUAAGUCCCCAUGGCUUUGCUGGGCCGAGCCCUGCGUGUAGCUGCCACCCGUUCUCAAGGGAGAUCUGCUCGGAACCUGGGUCUACAGCCCCUAGCCAGGGAGGCCCGGUCCACCACCGAGAAGAAUGUCCCGUACCAGCGGACCCUGAAGGAGGAGGCACAAGGUUCCUCGGCGGUACCUCGAGGACCAAGCCAGCCUCUGCCCAGCACAGCGGAUGUUGUGGUCAUUGGCGGGGGCAGCUUGGGCUGCCAGACCCUGUACCACUUGGCCAAGCUGGGUGUUAGCCAAGCAGUGCUUCUGGAGAGAGAGCGGCUGACCUCUGGGACCACCUGGCACACAGCAGGCUUAUUGUGGCAGCUGCGGCCCAGUGAUGUGGAGGUAGAGCUUCUGGCCCACACAAGGCAAGUGGUGAGCCAUGAUCUGGAGGCGGAGACUGGGAUGCACACAGGCUGGAUCCAGAAUGGUGGCCUCUUCAUCGCCUCUAACCGGCAGCGCCUGGAUGAGUACAAGCGGCUCAUGUCGUUAGGCAAGGCCUAUGGUGUAGAGUCCCAUGUGCUGAGCCCAGCAGAGACCAAGGAUCUGUAUCCGCUGAUGAAUGUGGACGACCUCUAUGGGACCCUGUAUGUGCCACAGGAUGGUACCAUGGACCCCGCUGGCACCUGCACUACCCUCACCCGGGCGGCAGUGGCUCGAGGAGCUAAGGUCAUUGAAAACUGCCCAGUGACUGGCAUCCGUGUGCGGACGGAUGACUUCGGAGUGCGGCGGGUGGCAGCGGUGGAGACAGAGCAUGGCUCCAUCCAGACACCCUGCGUGGUCAACUGUGCAGGAGUGUGGGCAAGCACCGUGGGUCAGAUGGCCGGAGUGAAGGUCCCCCUGGUGGCCAUGCACCAUGCUUACGUUGUCACUGAGCGCAUUGAGGGGAUCCAGAACAUGCCCAAUGUCCGAGAUCAUGAUGCUUCUGUCUACCUCCGCCUGCAGGGGGAUGCCUUGUCUGUGGGUGGCUAUGAGGCCAACCCCAUCUUUUGGGAGGAGGUGUCAGACAAAUUUGCCUUUGGCCUCUUUGACCUGGACUGGGAUGUGUUCACCCAGCACAUUGAAGGUGCCAUUAACCGUGUCCCUGUGCUGGAGAAGACGGGGAUCAAGUCCACUGUCUGUGGUCCUGAAUCCUUCACACCCGACCACAAGCCCCUGAUGGGGGAGGCUCCUGAGCUCCGAGGAUUCUUCCUUGGCUGUGGCUUCAACAGCGCAGGCAUGAUGCUGGGCGGUGGCUGUGGGCACGAGCUGGCCAAUUGGAUUGUGCAUGGGCGCCCAGAGAAGGACAUGUACAGCUAUGACAUCAGGCGUUUCCACCACUCACUCACGGACCACCGCCGCUGGAUCCGCGAGCGCAGCCACGAGUCCUAUGCCAAGAACUACUCAGUUGUCUUCCCCCACGAUGAACCGCUGGCAGGACGCAACAUGAGGAAAGACCCCCUGCAUGAGGAGCUGCUUGAACGAGGCUGUGUGUUUCAAGAACGACAAGGUUGGGAACGGCCAGGGUGGUUCAACCCCAAAGAAACAGCUCCGGUCCUUGACUACGACUACUAUGGGGCCUAUGGAAACCAGGCCCAUGGGAACUACGCCUACAGCAGGCUGCUGGGCGAGGAGUACACUUUCGACUUCCCACCCCACCAUCACAUGAUCCAGGAGGAAUGUCUGGCCUGCCGACGGGCUGCUGCUGUGUUCAACAUGUCUUACUUUGGGAAGUUCUACCUGCUGGGAGAGGACGCCAAGAAGGCCGCUGACUGGCUCUUCUCAGCAGACGUCAAUCGACCUCCAGGCUCAACGGUGUACACGUGCAUGCUGAACCACCGGGGAGGCACUGAGAGCGACCUGACCGUCAGCCGCCUGGCCUCAGGCACCCAGGACAGUCCCCUGGCCCCUGCCUUUGAAGGGGAUGGCUACUACUUGGCCGUGGGUGGGGCUGUGGCCCAGCACAACUGGUCCCACAUAACCACAGUUCUACAGGAUCAGAAGUUCCGGUGCCAGCUUAUGGAUUGUUCCGAAGAUCUGGGCAUGCUCAGUAUCCAGGGCCCAGCCAGCCGUGCCGUUCUCCAGGAUGUGCUCGACGCUGACCUGAGCAAUGAGGCCUUCCCCUUCUCCACCCACCAGCUGGUGAGAGCUGCAGGGCACCUGGUCCGGGCCAUCCGGCUCUCCUUUGUGGGGGAGCUGGGCUGGGAGCUGCAUGUGCCCCGUGCGUCCUGCUUACCAGUGUACCGGGCUGUGAUGGAGGCAGGGGCCAAGCAUGGUCUUGUCAAUGCGGGCUACCGUGCCAUUGAUUCCCUGAGCAUCGAGAAAGGCUAUCGACACUGGCACGCAGACCUGAGGCCUGAUGACAGCCCCCUGGAGGCAGGAUUGGCCUUCACCUGUAAGCUCAAGUCCUCAGUGCCCUUCCUGGGCCGUGAGGCUUUGGAGAAGCAGCGUGCCACAGGCCUCUACCGACGCCUGGUCUGCCUCACCGUGGAAGAGGAGGUGCCUAUGUUUGGCCUGGAGGCCAUCUGGAGAAAUGGCCAAGUGGUGGGCCACGUCCGGAGGGCUGACUUUGGGUUCACUGUAAACAAAACCAUCGCCUAUGGCUACAUCCGAGACCCCAGCGGUGGACUGGUCUCUCUGGACUUUGUGAAGAGUGGAGAAUAUGCCUUGGAGAGAAUGGGGGUCACCUAUCCUGCCCAAGUUCACCUGAAGUCUCCCUUUGACCCUGACAACAAGCGGGUGAAGGGCAUCUACUGAUGGGCUGUAGGGCGGAAGCUACAUUGCUCAGGCCAUUGGAAACUGCCACACUUCCCACACUGCCUGCCAACUCCUGCACUGCACAAAUGCCCUGUGUCCCAAGACCCAGCAUACAGGCCAAACAGAGCCUUCCCAACUCUUAGCCUCCAUCUGGUCCUGCUAAGCACCCCAGCUCCUAACCAGGACUAGAUGGACCACAAUGUUCCUCCUGCUCAUGGACCACACAGUGGUCUCCAAUCCACCCUAGUCCUCCCAAAAUGCACCCUGCAGAUGUCUUGGCUCAAGGUCCUUGUGAGUAUCUCAGAAGGCGUAUGGUUGAGCCAAGAUAGGAGCCGGAAGGCAGACAGGCAGGCUUCCCCUCUGUUCCUCACUCGGCUGACGGGCAAUCAGGGGACAGCGGGUAGGGGUCUAGGAACAGUGUCCCCCACAGGUAUAGGAUGGAGAGCACAGAGCUAUGUGCUGUACUGGUGCGGUCCUUCCUCAGGAUGGCUGCCUUCCAGACCAGAGAGGACAGAGAGAAAGCGCUUGCCUUAACCUUCCAGUUCUGCAGGAGAGAAAGCCUUCUGAGAGUCACCAGCCUGUGACACGGGGUGGG